UUCUUAUUAGCAUUCGAUAUGCAGCUGUUGAACAAGCUCAGUGUUCUAAUAAAAAAAUAAAACGACAAUCGUAUAAUUUUUUAUUGCACAAUAAUUUGCUGAACUUAACGUUUUAAAUACUAGCCAAAAAUAAUAAAAAAGUAUAAAGGGCCAAUUACAAUUUACCGAACGUACACGGUUCGCAACAAAGCGAAAUGAAAAGAAUCUAAACGCUGCAUUUUCUACCGGCCUUUCGUCAAUAUCUUGUUGCACUUGGAACUCAAUGAAUGCAUGGUAAACGUGUAACGAAUUGAUAUUUUACAUUGUUAUCAUUUUUUUAUUCGUGUGGGUUCAGUAUAUAGUGCUGCUUUGUUAUAUGUACCUGCUUAAAUGUUCAGUUGAAAUUCACAAAUAACUAUAAGAAAAAUAUGAAAUUUGAGUGUUUGCUGCUGUUGUCGUGGCUGUGGGCAGCAGCAGGCGACGAUGACUCGCUCGUCGCCAAAGCUCGCUUACGCCGCGCCUCUAUUGUGGUGGACGACGGCAAGGCAACAGAUGCCCAGCAGUUGCACAGCAUCAUCGAUCUGCCGGACUGCCAAGAUCUGCAGAAAUAUUGCGCCCAACAAAAGUCAACUGACAAUUUGGCCAUAUUGGAGUGCGCCUUGAGCUUCAGUUCCAGCCAGUUGGAGGCACUGCCCGACACCUGUCAACACGCACUCUGGCUGCAACAACGUCAACUGCAGCUCAAUUCUUGGGUGGAGCACACAUUUCUGCCCAACUACUGUAGCGAUGAGCAGACAAAGCUAUUAACCUGCCUUAACUCGGUCGAUCUGUGGGCUUGCUUGGAAGAUAAACGUCAGCAAUUGCCACAAAGCAGUAGCUGCCAGCAGCAGUUACGUCGUGCGCACGCGUCUCUAGGUCAGGAUUAUGCCAGCAUUGGCGACUUCUAUGUAGCCUGCGGUGGGCAGGUGGAGCAGCUGAAGUGUGGACGCAUGAAUGUUGAGCAUUUGCCAGCGAUGCUCUCUCAGCUGGGCACGGCACAAUGCCUAGUGGCGCAUACUAGCCAAUCGACUCCCAUGGACAUCAACUGUAAAGUGGCUAUCAAUGCCAUCGAGCAGCAACGUGGCAUGUUGGAACUGUUUCGAGUGUGCACUGGGGAUCUAGCGGCGCUCUGUCCACAAGAACGCGCCGGUUCGGCAGGCUCCUACAAGUGCCUGGUCCGGCACAAAAACGACCCAGCUUUGAGCAGCCAAUGUGCUACGCAGAUAACAUUGCGUGAUCAGCAAAUGGGCAAAGAUUAUAGAGUUUCGCAUGGUCUGGCUAAGGCUUGCAAGGAUGACAUUAAGUUGCAUCACUGUCGACGCGGCGUUUCCGAGGACAAGCAGGUGCGCCUGGCGCAAAUCUUGCUCUGUUUGGAGUCCGUGUCGAAGAAUGGAACGAAACUUGCACCCGAGUGUCUUGUGGAACUGGAUGAUCAUCGACGCAUGCUUAUGACCGACUUUCAGCUCUCGCCCGAGUUGCUUAGCGAUUGCGCCGAUGACAUACCCAAAUUUUGUCCAGACGAACACAAGUCGCAGCUGGUUAACGGCCUCUCCAGUUCUGGUGGGGAAAUCAUUCACUGUCUUAUGUAUCAUGUGCGUGCAAGGCGACCACAGCGACGUGUCACGGCUCAAUGCCAGCGUGGCCUCGAAACAUUGAUCAAGGUGAGCGAUGCGGGCGAGGAUUGGCGUGUCGAUCCUGUGCUGAGACGUGCUUGCAAGAAAGUAGUUGAUGUUGCCUGCAAGGAUGUGGAAGGCGGCGAAGCACGUGUCAUGAGUUGUCUAAUAGAACAUAUAGGCACGCCCGCUAUGCGGCCAGAAUGCGAGCAGGCGCUGCUUAUCAUUGAGUAUUUCGUAGCGCGCGACUUUAAACUCGAUCCACAGCUCUACAAACACUGCCGCGACGAUGCUGUUAAGUACUGCCGUGCCAAGCACCAAUGGGACGAUAUACAAGAUGUGCAAAUGGAUCCCGAACGUGGCCCCAUGAUAUUGCCCUGCCUGCAUCGCAUGGCCUACAGCGAGGACGAGCAUCAUACGCUGCGGAAGGACUGCUUCAGGGAGGUCAAACGUGUAAUGCGCCAACGUGCUAUCUCUGUAGAUCUUAUACCAGAGGUAGAGGAUUAUUGUCUCUCCGAUUUGUCACAGUUCUGUGGCGAGCUCACCGAAAAGGGUUCCGAAAUGGAAUGCCUGCAGAACAGGCUUGAAAAACUUCAGCCCGAGUGUAAGGCUGUAGUAACCAAAUACACAGAGGAGGAGGCAGCCAACAUUGAGAUGAAUCCGGUUAUCAUGGCAACUUGCUCGGAGGCAAUGCAGAAACAUUGCUCUGAAAUACUUAAUGCUGGCAAGGAUGGCGGCAACAUGAUGGACUGCCUGAUUUCGCACAAAAACGAUGCUGACUUGAACAAGGGCUGUCGCGCUGCCAUCGAACACUUUCAAAUUAUCUCUCUGAAGAGCUACCAUUUCACCACCAAAUUCAAAGAGGCGUGCCGUCCACAUGUGUUGCGCUUCUGUGGUGCGAGCGCCACUAAAAACGAGGUUGUCGCCUGCCUCAGUGAGGUCAUGCGCAACGAUACGAUACGUGCUCAGCGGCAUCAAAUACCUAAGGAAUGUAGACAGCAGGUCAAGUCUCAGCUGUAUCAGCAGCGCGAAAGUAUUUCGCUAGAUCCCAAGUUGGCUAGCGUUUGCAAGAAUGAAUUGAAAGAGUUCUGUGCGGAUCAGAAUGGCCCCGGUCAGGUGAAUAAAAAUGCCUUGGAGUGUCUGAUACAGAAAACAUCGCGCCUGGGCAAGAACUGUCAUCAUGCGAUAUUCAUGAUCAAACGCUCGGAGCUGGGCGACAGUGGCACGGACUAUACGCUAGUCAACACCUGCAAGGAAAUGAUCUACAAAUUCUGUCCCAACACUGAGUCCAUGCAGCUGCUGAACUGUUUAAAGACUUACAAGGAUGAUCCCAGCUUUGAUCAGCGCUGCCAUUUGGUAGUCGUCAAUCGAAUGAUCGAACAAAAUACAGACUUUCGUUUCAAUCCGACGCUGCAAAGUGCCUGCGGCAAGAACAUUGAUCGUUACUGUUCCAAUAUUGUCAUACAAUCACAACCGAAUGAGGAGCUCAAUGGCAAGGUUAUUAAAUGCCUAAAGGAAAAAUUCAGACAAUCAAAGCUGGAUAAACAAUGCGCUCAGGAAAUGAUCAAAAUACUGCAGGAGCAGGCAUUGAACUAUAAGUUGAAUCCUGUGCUGCAGCACUUCUGUAAGUCUGAGAUACAGGAACUCUGUAAAAAGGAUAUGGAUGCCGAUGAACAUGGCCAGGUCGAGGAAUGUCUGAAGGCCGCCUUUCUGCGCAAGCAGCUCAUCAAUCGCGAGUGCCAAUUGGAGGUUGCUACGCUGAUUGCCGAAGCCAAGGCGGAUAUUCAUGUUGAUCCCAUACUGGAAAUGGCUUGUACUGUGGAUCUUCUGCGCUAUUGCGGGAAUGUUGCCAGUGGCAAUGCACGCAAACUAGAUUGCCUGCGCAGAUUGUUGCGCGUGUCGCCAAAAUCACUUGAGUCGGACUGCCGCGAGAAGCUGCAGAAACGUAUUGAAAUGUUUCGGAAUGCGGACGAUACGCUGGCUCUGCCAUUGGAGGAUAUGGGACAGCUGGUGCAGCAGGUGGUCGCAUCACCGGCACGAAAGUUCUUCCUUGUGAUAUUAAUGAGUGCCACGGGCUUAGUCUUUCUGACUGGCAUCUUCCUUGGUCGCGCCACCAAACGUGCAAUGGGCUUAAAGAAUAAAUAAUGUAAACAGACUGUAGUUGAUAAUUAUGUAAUAAUAGUUGAACUGUAGUAUCGUGAAAUGUGUGUAGGUUAAAAUUGUGCGCUUCCCAAAUUCAUUCGCGCUUUCCUUUUACGAUUUUUUCACCUCUUCCAUUGGAAUCUGCUAGUUUUUUGAGAGCAAUUUGUGGCUUAAUCGUUUAUAAGACCAAAAAAGUGUAAUUAAUUUCGCAGAAAA